CUUCCUCACGCCAUCCUCUUCUUUCUUAAUUACUGAGGAGAAAGUGUCUGCGCUAUCAAUCAUGGCAGUAUGACGCCUUAUCAAUGAAGAAAGGAUAAAUGAGGUUUAUGUGCUUGUAUUUCAUGUGCUCACAAAUUGAUUAGAUUACACCGUGUGCUUUCCGGGCCGUGAAAUGAAGGGAAAGAGUGGUGGAACUAACCAUGAUGUCAUUGUACUCCUUCAUUCUCUUAUUUAUUGUUCAGGCAGCAACAGAACCAGAGCCAGUUUGGCCAGCAGUACGGCCAACAACAGCAGUAUGGCCAGUACAAUCAACAACCACAUGGUCAGCAACAGUACGGUCAACAGAAUCAGUAUGGACAGCAGAAUCAGUAUGGUCAGCAGCAGCAAUUCGCUCAGCAACAACAAGCCCAGUAUCAGCAACAGCAGCCACAACAUCAAUAUCCACCUCCCACUCGAAUUGAGAUGGGUACCCUUUCCUCAACAUCUGGCGAUAUGAAUGCCUUUUUUAGUGAGGUGACUUCAAUCCAAAAUGACAUUUCUAGGCUCGAACAGAACAUCACCCAAAUAGAGGAAUUACAUGAAAUUUCGCUUAACAGUGUGUCGACAGAGGACCAAAACGUACGCACUUCUCGUCAACUGGAAGGCAUCACCGCAGAUACGACCCAACUUUCCAACCGCAUCAAGAAGAGGAUCAAGGAUAUUGAACUCGCCAACCUUCGUCUUGCCAGCUCCCCUGAUAUUCAGAUCCGCAGGACUCAGGCUGCAGCUUUGAAAGAAAAGUUUUUGAAGACCCUUCGUCAAUAUCAGACAGCCGAAAGCGAGGCUCGAAGGAAGUACCAGGGUCGCAUGGAAAGACAAUACAAAAUUGUCAAGCCAGACGCUACUCCUCAGGAGAUCGCACAGGCCAUGGAAAGCGAUAAUCAACAAAUAUUUGCUCAAUCGGUUCUUCAAAGCACUCGAUAUGGGGACGCCAACAGAGCCCUUCGUGAGGUGCAAAGUCGCCAUGAUGAUAUCAAGAAGAUUGAAAAGACCAUUCUUGAAUUGCAACAACUGUUCAUUGAUAUGGAAACCUUGGUGACCGAUCAAGGCGUUGUCAUGGAAACAAUCGAGCAAAAUACGCAGCAGGCAAAUACCUCUUUGCAAUCAGGCAAUCAACAAGUAGAUAAUGCUAUUAGCAGUGCUCGUAGUGCCAGAAAAAAGAAAUGGAUCUGUUUGAUUAUCAGUAUUGUUCUUUUAAUUAUCAUUGUAAUUAUCGUGUUGAAGGUGACUAAGACAAUCUAAGACCGCCGCCAUCUCCACAGGUAUCGCAGGUCGUGUGAGGGUCAUGCAAUAAUAUUAUUUUUAGUACUUGUUCUAAUUAUUUCAUUGGGUGUUGGUGUGGCGUAAAUCAACCACUGUUAAAAGAGUGUUUGUGAAUAUCUUGUCAUUUUUGCUUACUUGACCACAAUAAUAAAAGCAGCAAAUAGGGAGAAGAGGAAAUAAGAGAUAGUUCUGAUUGUGCCUCCAAUGUUCUUUGUGUCCAAAACAGUCGAGAAGGAAGGGGAAAAAAGCAUGAUGAAUGGAUGAUAAAGGUUUCUAUAGGCUGCAUGUAAAAGCAUAUUCAUGCACAGAAUUCAUUCCUUUCUGUAGACCGUGGACUAGCUGGACUGGCAAGAUUAGCACGGGCGCAAUGGGAUGAUGUGAAGAAAUUGAAGGACAGGAUUUUGUUCGGAGACAUUUCAAGUCAUAC